AUGAAGGAAGAAGUACGUGACAGUGAAUCGGCGAUGGCCGUCUUCCUUAGGAACUGUCCAGAACGAGAAUAUAAGCGAAUAAUCAAAUACCUCUACGAAUUGACAUAUUUCUCCAUACCCGAUUAUAAUUUUGUUUAUUAUUGUAUUCAACACGCAUGCAAGUCGAAUAACAUCAAGCCGACAGAUCCAUUGGAUUGGGAUAUACAUCAUGAAUUUGCCGGACCAACAGGUCCUCCUGGUGAUGGCAAAAUGGUGAACCUUGAUGACCAUGAGAAAGAGUUCGAAGUAGGGCCCAAGAAUAGUCGAGUUGUUAAAAAAGGAUCGAGCAUUAGGAAAAAGUCAGGACUACAAGGAUCGAAAUCCGAUGAAACGAAGACCCCAAAAGCGUCGUCGAUUUCCAAGCGUAAUCGUAACGCGGUUACACCGGUCGCUGAAAAAGUGCCUGCUAUUUAG